CCUCACCAACCCUAACAACGAUGCGUCCACAGCAGUGCUCCAGAUUUGUUCGGUGGGCGGUCGCAGCUUUCGGUGGCUUUCCUCCAACCACCGAGAGCAACACCAGCCAAUGUCCGACACUUGCAGCAAAGCGAUUGCCUCUGAUCUCUUCAUCGCAGGAGUCUUAAUCCUCGAUCUACCGACCGAUGCAUUUUGCAUUUGCUUGAUCGAUUAGUUCUCGAGGCGCCGACAAAGUCUUCUAAGCCCUAAUUAUUGAGCCUUACCAAACGACACAAUAAGAAGACGAAGCGCCAUGGAAUCCCUACCGACUCCCCCUCCCCAAUCCUUUUCUCUCUGACCGUUCUCUCCCCCUUCUUCCUGACUUCUUGUGUAUAAGAACGUUCUCGUUCGUCUCUCCGUGGAAAAGUAGUGCUAAGAAAACCAUGGCGGACGGGGAGAACGCAGCGGGUAGAUGGUCUCUUCUCGGAGCAACAGCCUUGGUCACCGGCGGCACCAAAGGAAUCGGGCAUGGCAUAGUGGAAGAAUUAGCGAGGCUCGGAGCAGCCGUCCAUACCUGCUCUCGGAAUGAAGCCGACCUCAACAAAUGCUUGCAGAAAUGGGAGGCGGAGGGGUUCAAGGUCACGGGAUCCAUCUGCGAUGUCUCAUCUCCAGAUGAGAGAGAGAAGCUCAUGGAGAAAGUUAGGUCCACCUUCGACGGAAGGCUCAAUAUAUUGGUCUGCAACGCUGGAACAGGCAUCCUGAAGCCGGCUACUCUUCAGACCCCGGAGGACUACAGAUACGUGAUGAGCAUCAACUUGGAUUCUGCUUUCCAUCUGAGCCAGCUCGCCUACCCUCAUCUCAAGGCUUCAGGAAGAGCCAGCAUCGUGUUCAUCUCUUCUGUCGUAGGCUUCAUGGCCGUGGACUAUUUGUCCGUUUACGGAGCCUCCAAAGGAGCACUGAACCAGCUCACCAGGAGCCUUGCCUGUGAGUGGGCAGGGGACAACAUCCGAACAAACUGUGUUGCGCCUGGAACCAUCAGAACCCCACUCACCGAACAAGGACUUCAGAACGAUGAUUUCGUGACGAAGGAGACGCAUCGGAUCCCGCUCGGGCGUGUGGGAGAGCCAGAGGAGGUAGCUGCUCUGGUGGGCUUCCUGUGCCUCCCUGCUUCCCGCUACAUCAAUGGCCAAGUUAUUUGUGCUGACGGCGGCCGAACUGUGAACGGCAACAUAUGAUCGACCCACAGUUGCUGCUGCUGCUGCUUUCUCCUCUCUGAGAGUUCAUGCUGAGAUGUGGUUGUCAUGGUUGUCGUAAUAAAUUUACUGGCUGCAUUGAUGUUUGCACAACAUUUAGUCUGACAAAAAACAGACCCUAUAAUGCAUGUGACUGCUAAGCUCCAAUAAUAUGAGGAUUUUGAUGCCA